UCAUGGCAGAUCAGCAAAAGGGUAAUUCAUGGCAGACUACCGUAAUAGUUAGCACAUCACUUCAGAAUCACGAGUCGUCUAGGAUGUUGUGCGCUCAACAUCACCGGAUUCGGGUUUCAGACGGUGUCGAACCUGGGUCCUUCGUUUUCCCUCUUUCAGGUACAGCCUUCAUGUUAGUGGUCCCUCAGGAGAUUCAAGAGCCACUGGAGAACAGUGGCCUGUAUGAGAAAAUCCAGAAGUUUGUGCAGGUGCACAGAAAUAGUUUCCUCUUGCUCCAGGCUCCUGUGUUCGGGAAGAAAGAGUGGGACAUCAUGGCAGCUGUACAGACCAGAUUUUUUGGCACUAACCUCCGUGUUCUUCCAGUCCACUGUAAUGCAAACAUGGUCAAGGGAAUGUUGGCUCUUGCAAAGGCCACCAGUAAGCCCCAUGUGGACACCGUGAGGGACCGCAUGUCCCUGGUCCGUGCCCACCUCAUCGAGCGCAGUCCUGUAUGGGAGCUGCUGAGGGACAUUCAGACUCAGAUGAUGGAAGUCCCCACUGCAGUUGGACCCUUGGAGUCUGAAGCUGCUUAUUACAGUGCAACAAGAUAAGGAUAAGGGUGAUCGAUUAAUUGAUAGUCCCUGGUUAUGCUAACACCCCUUUGAGUUUGAGUUUGUACUGUCUUCAGUCCAUGCAGUUACUUAAGAUGAUAAUUUUAAUUGUCAGUAAUACAGAAGCUGGGUGUCUGACCACAAGUGUCAGCAAUGAUCAAAUAUGUAUUUAUAACAUAUUCAUAAGUCUUUCGAAUCGAGUUAUACCAUUUGAUUGUUCAAAGUAUUCAGUUAGUAAAGUAGGUAUUCAA